UUUCUCUCCAUUUGCAGUUCUUACUGUCUGAAGUUUGAAGCUUUGAAGUCUUGACCUUGUUUAAUUUUAUUUUGAGAUUGUAAUUGUUUUUUGGGGUUUCUUUUAAUUUUCUGUUUUUUUUUCUGGACCUGGUAAUUGGCUGUUUGUUUGUUUUGUUUUGCUUUGAUAUUUACUUGAUAGAACACCAAGUAGUGUGUUCUACUAGUUUAUUUAUCAGCCAAACUUUUACAGAAAACAGAACUAACACAGAGUCUUGAAAACAAAGUACAACACAAGAACUAAUACAAAGUUCAACAUAAAACAACAAAACAGUAAAGGAGUUCACGAUAAUGGAAAUAACUUGCUACAGACUACAGAAACUGAACACUUUCUGCAUUCCCUGCUCUCCAGGAAAUUACAGCCCUCCACUUCCAGAAACUGACUAACCACCCUCUCUUCCCUUCCUUCUUUCCCUUUUAACUCUCUCCCAUGUAAUUAACCAUGGUCCCCACCAAGGUGGUUUCCACUUCUUUCUCCAUUUCCCUUCUCUUGUUCACGUGCAACUGCCUCCUUUUUCCUCCUGCUAUAUUGUAAAAUAAUUGGUGGUCUAUCAUCACUUUUUCGGGAUAUGAUGAUUGACGCUAUGGGGGUGUCGACCUAGUUGAUAUGUCCCCUUUCUAUUUCUUCUUUAUUGCUCUCUUUGUAUAAUUUUCUUGUACUUAGGGUUCUUAUUAAUAAAGAAGUUUUGUCUCCGUUUCAAAAAAACAUGAAACUGCUCUCUCUCAGCAGUGUUUUCAAAGCGCAAGGGGCACCUCAAGGUGAGAGGCGACAUAAAGGCAAUGCCUGAGCGAAGCGAGGUGCAAUGAAUGAAUAAAUAAAUAAAUAAUAUACGAGGUAGAACAUAAGUUUAUAGACAAAUGUCAAAGCCUCAAAGAUUAAUAAUAGUUCUGUAAUCAAGAAAAAUGAACAAAAUCGAUUGUAUAAUUCUCUUGUACUUUCAGUUUGAGUUCUAUUUAAUAAAGAAGUUUGUCUCCAUUUCAAAAAAUAAAAAAUAAAAAUGAACAGAACUCUAUAAGUACAAGUUUAAAACACCAUCAAAUAUCAAAUUCAUCAACAUCCCCAUCUAACUCUAUGGUUUCGUCCAUUGCUCCUCGGCCAUUGUUCUCCUUGAUGUCUAAUUCCUCUUCAUCGUCGUCCUCAUCUUCAUUACUAACUACUUGUAUAGUUGGUGCUUGCUUUUGAACUCUAGAAGUGGAGGGAGAGGUAGUUGACUUUCCUUUUGAUCUAGUGUACAUGAGGGGUUCUCUAACGCCGCUAGCACGAGCUACAUCUCCCCAUGUGAGGUCGUUGUCAUAAAAAACUAGCUCAUUGUCAACUUCAGCUUCAUCAUUUUCUUCAUCCAAUGUUUCGACCAACCAUUCAUUACUCUCGUCGAUAUGAUUUAAAGAGAUUGGAUCAAGUUGAUCCUUUAGAUUUUUUUUGAAAAGGAAACAACCUCAUUUAUUAAUAAAUGAACAAUGAAACUAAAUCUUAUAGUAUAAGAGGAUUAUACGAUGAGCAUUCAAACCAAGGAUAAGGAUGUGCAUUUGAGCAUCCCAGCUAAGUUGACACCCUCUUAGUAUCCUUAUCAUAUCCUACAUAAUAAAAAGAUAGAACAACUAAUAACGUCCAAGUGCAGGACUAACCACAACCAAUACAACUCAAAAAGGACAUAAGAAACAACUUCUAACCAGACUAGGAAUUAAAAAUACAGCCAGACAAAGAAAGAUUCUGAAACGGUUGGAAACACCAGAGGCUGUGAGCCAAAUCUGAAUCAUCAACAAGGAGGAAAGUUAAAAGGCCUGCCAGUUUAGUAAGAUAUAUUGCAUAGAGAAGUCUUUAAAUUGUUUUCGUAGAGAGCAUCACAAAGAGGCAUUCAGACGUGCGCACUCGUAUCUAUUGAACCAAGAGGAGGCUUUAUUGUGGAAGACUCGCAGAUUUCUCUCAAACCACAGUUCCAACAAAAUUUCCUUGACGGUAUUGCACCAAAGCAAGGAGGCAUUUUUUCAUCAUAACCGGACCAAGAAGUAACUGUCUAACAUUAUUCUUGCAUUCUUUAUCAAGGUCUCAGCUGAGAUUAAAGGUGUGAAAGAGUUUACUCCUACACUUGGCAGCAUAUACACAUUCAAACAAGUGCUGGAGUUCCGCAUGAAAUUUGAGAUAGAAUGGGCAUAUAUGUGGCGAAAUAUAAUGAGUGGGUAACUUCUUUUGCAUAAUGGAUGCACAAAUUGAACUCCUGAACAACAUAAUCGAUAGAGUUAUACUUACCCUCGGGCUUUUAGAUUUCUGAAGGCUUUUUUCCAACUGUAGGUCCAUCGGAGUGGCAGGAGACAAGUGCUUCGAUAAUGACUUUACUGAAAAAACCCCAUUAGUUUCCAUUAACCAGAUUCUUUUAUUCUCAAUAUUGGAUAAUCUUGUCCUUUCCAAGGAGCCCAGGAGAAGUUGAAAAUUAGAGAUUUCAAGCUCCUAACAAUCUUCUGAAAUCAAGAAACCCAGAGGAAGUGGAGGCGUUCCAAUGUUCUACAACCGAGCCUUUUGGAUUAAGGGCAAUUCUGUACAGCUUGGGAGUGUGGUCUUCAAAGCAAUUCUAUCCAUUCAUGGAUCCAACCAAAACAAAAUUUUGUCACCCUUUCCAACUUUAAAAGCUGCCACACUAUCUAGAAAUAUUUAUCCAAGGGCUUCUUAAACUUGAAUUUUCUUUGCCACUUGUGUGCCACUGGAAGAGGCUACUCCCGUGAAUACUACAAACCACCUUAUACCAUAGAGAGUUUUGUUCUGCCAUGAACCUCCACCUCCACUUGGCAAGAAGAGUAAUGUUUCUAAAUUUCAGCUUGUCCAGCCCAAGGCCCCCAUCUCCUUGGGGUUUGGAAACUAAUUCCCAUUUCACUAGGUGGUUCAACUUGCUACCGUUGUUCCCUUCUCAAAAGAAGUUCCUCCAUGGUUCUUUCAAUGGAAUUAGAGAUUUUUUUGGCAUGAGGAAUGUUUAGCAAUUCCUCAUGGAUGCCGCUAAGGAGAUCUUACUUUCCCCAAUAUUAAUUCCGCAUAUAGAUGACUUUUCCCAAUUUAUCUUUUGCCCAUAACACUAAAAUAUUUCAAGCGUCUUUUUAACGUUUUCAUGAAUAACUUCAUCAAACUUGGAAAAUAUUAAGGUGUUGUCUGCAAAUUGAAGGAGGGGAACAUGAACAUUGUUCUUUCCUACCAUGAAACCUUCAUACAAACCGUUCAAGUGUAGAUUUGAGAUGAAACUACUAAGCACUUCGCUAACCAGAAGAAAAGAAAGAGGGAAAGGGGAUCCCCUUGCUUUAACCCUCUUGAGGCUUGAAUUCUUCCUCUGGGCCUCCCAUUGACGAAUUCUGAAUACUUAGGGUUUUUAACACAAUCCAUGAUCAAUCCAGCACACAAGCAGCAGAGACAGCGGAGUUUGAAGGCGUUUUCGGAGGCAGUGUCUGUUCCUAACAGAGAAAACUAGGGUUUUCACGACUAUGUCUUGCUUGGAUAUACAGCAAGUUCUCAAUGAUUACAAAACCAAAGACCCACUCACCAUCACUACUCUCAAGCUCAAUCAAAAGGCUCUUUCUGAUAUAAAUGGUUUGUCCCUUUUCAAAAACUUGGAGAAGCUUGAUUUGACAUUCAACAAUCUCACAUCGCUUCAGGGGUUGGAGUCAUGCACCAAUUUGAAGUGGCUCUCAGUUGUACAAAACAAACUUGAUAACUUAAAAGGAAUUGAAGGGCUUUCUAGACUUAAUGUAUUAAAUGCGGGAAAGAAUAAGCUUCGGUCAAUGGACGAAAUUAGACCCCUUGUUGGCUUUUGUGCUUUGAUUUUGAAUGACAAUGAGAUUGCUUCUAUUUGCAAGCUUGAUCAGAUGAAGAACCUGAAUACUCUGGUUCUUUCUAGAAAUCCAAUCCACAGUAUUGGAGAUUCUCUGUUGAAAGUGAAUUCAAUGAAAAAGCUAUCCCUUUCUAACUGCAAACAUCAAUCUAUUGAAUCCCUCAAGUUUUGUAUCGAACUUAAAGAGCUUAGACUUGCUCACAAUGAAAUCAGGAUGCUCCCCAAUGCUUUGGCUCAUAACAAGAAGUUGUUGAAUUUGGAUUUGGGAAAUAAUGUCAUCAUGAGAUGGUCAGAUUUAAAGGUAUUGAGUUCAUUAGGCUAUCUGAGGAAUAUUUAUGUUCGAGGGAAUCCUAUUGCUGAAAGUGCUAAGUUAGAUAAAAAGAUUUGUCGACUGGUUCCAGGCUUGCGUGUAUUGAAUGCGAGAUCAAUUGAUAAAUGCAUUCAGAAUGAGAAUGAUAAUGGGAGUGAUAAAGAAGACGACACUCCAAUCAGGAGCCUAGAUCGUCAAAAAGAGAAAAAGGAUAGAAAACUGAAUGGGAAUGUUGAAACACACCCGUCUGUUCAAGGCACUGAUGGCAAACUUGAUCAUACUAAUGGUGCUGAUGUGGACAGGAAGUUGGAACGCAAAAAACGUAAGAUGGAUAAGGUCACCAGGGAGGAGAAAGUAAUUCCAUCUCUUGACAAUAAGAUAAAUCUCGGUACCAAUGAUAUUGAUAAGGAAAAGAAGACUUCAAAGCAGAAAAGAACAAAAAGCAAUAAGGAGCCAUCUUUGCCAAUACACAAGGAGACACUUACCAAGAUUGAAAACCAUAAGAAGAAAGCAAAGAAGGAAGGGGAAAGGCAGAUUGGUGUUAUUGACGACGCUGAAGUGCCAUUUGAACAGCUUUUCGGAGAUGAUCUUAUUGAAGACAUGGAUGCUGUUCUCCAAAAGGUUGGUGAGAAAGAAGUAGAGGAGAUGAAUUUAAAGCCUAACUUGGCAUCAUUUUCAGCUAAUAGAAAGGAAUCUAAAAGCCAAGAUCGAGUUGGAAGGUUACAAAUAUCCCCAAUAGUUGAAAUUGGAAUGGACGGAAUAUCAACAUGGGGGGAUGAGUAAUUGCAAUGCAAAGGCAUUCAGUUACUUGGGAAAAUUUGGAUCAAUCAUGGCAGCACCGUGGUCGGACAGGUGUGGAAUGCAGUAAUAGAAAAAGAGAAUGGGUUUUAGAAACUCAUUUCAGUUGUUGGUCUUGCAAUGAGCUAUGAAGCGUAAGCUACUGUUGUUGGGAGACUUGACUUUUGAUUUGGGGGAGUUCAUGAGAUGGAGGAUUUUUACUUUUCUGACUUAAACAAGUGACAUGCCAAAAGAUUUUGUAGCUUGUUGGUACCUGGGCAAGUUCUAAUUUGAAACUUACAUAUUUCUUCUUCAACAGCCUUAAAAUAGUGCAUAAUUAGAACUGUUAAUGCCUAAAUUGAAACAGAGGUGUUUGGGGGUAUAUUAUUUCAGUUUUUAUAUUAUUUCUAUAAUAGAGUUUGCCUUGUGUCUCUUAAAAAAAAAACAACACAAUCCAUGAUCGAAGAGAUGAUCCAUCAAUGAUUGAAAUUUUUCUGCUUCAAAAUUCUUUCCAAGAAACCCCAAUCAACUCGAUCAAAUGCCUCUCCAAGGUCCAGUUUGUAAUCCAUCCUUGCUUUUUUUGGACCUAUAAUACUCCACAACUUUAUUUGCAAUAAGUACAGGAUCCAGAAUUUGGCGGCCAUCCAAAAAGGCACUUUGAGUGAGAGCUCUAAUACUGGGCAUAAUUAUCUUCAUUCUUUCAGCAAGCACUUUUGCAAUCAAUUUGUACAGCAAAGUAGUGAAACUUAUGGGCCGGAAAUCAAUUACCUUUACUGCAUCUUCCUUUUUCUUGAUCAAGCAAAUAAAUUUCUCCUUUACAUGCAUUUAGUUUCCCAGUCCCAUAGAAC